CCACAAAUUUCCUCUUCUCCACAAAACAAUAUUACUGUAUUACACCUUACUUUCCCAAAAAAUAAAAAAAAACAAACGUAAGACCGUGGUCACCGUAGUACUUUUCUGUCACAACCCUCCAUCACAAAAAAAAAAACACAAAAACGAACCACAAAACCUGGUUCUCUCAUCCAACAACCAGUAUUUCGCCACGUCAUAACAUCUUCCAGAAAUUCCAUCAAUUACCUAAGACAGUAUCACUGUGAAACCGCUAACGAAAGUUGAAAACAAAAGAGAACAAUAUAUAUAUAAAGAAACAACGAAUAAAAGCAUAUUAUCAAUUAUUGUUCUGUUCAAUUCAAAGCCUUUUUCAUUUUCAGCGUUUGCGAGUUGCGUUUGUUUCUUUACGCAGCACGCCACUACUGUUCAUUCUCUUCUUCUUAAUCGAUUUUCUGGAAAAGCUAUUUUCGCCGAUUAACAAACUUAACCAAACAUGCCUUCCAGUCACUUGCUUCUCGAGGAACCAAUUAGGAUGGCUUCCAUCCUAGAACCAUCAAAAGCCAGUUUUUUUUCUGCAAUGACAAAGAUUGUUGGAACAUUGGGUCCUAAAUCUCGAUCUGUUGAGACUAUUUCUGGCUGUCUUAAAGCUGGCAUGUCUGUGGCUCGUUUUGAUUUUUCUUGGUGUGAUCCUGAUUAUCACCAGGAAACUUUGGAGAAUUUGAAGACUGCUAUCAAGGGUACUAAGAAACUAUGUGCUGUUAUGCUGGACACGGUGGGUGCAGAGAUGCAGGUUGUUAACAAAAGUGAGACAACUAUCUCACUUGAGAUAGAUGCUCAGGUUGUUCUGACUCCCAACCAGGGACAAGAAGCUUCUUCAGCGCUAUUGCCAAUCAACUUUGAUGGACUGGCUCAGGCAGUGAAGAAGGGGGACACAAUUUUUAUCGGUCAAUACUUGUUCACAGGAAGCGAAACUACUUCUGUAUGGCUAGAGGUAUCUGAAGUACAAGGGAAUGAUGUUGUAUGUAGUAUAAAGAAUUCAGCUACAUUGACUGGCUCAUUGUUCACUUUGCAUGCCUCUCAAAUUCAUAUUGAUUUGCCUACCCUUACAGAGAAAGACAAGGAGGUUAUAAGCACCUGGGGAGCUAAAAACAAAAUUGAUUUUCUGUCAUUGUCAUAUACUCGGCAUGCUGAAGAUGUUCGUGAGGCUCGUGACUUCCUUUCAAAGUUAGGCGAUCUUAGCCAGACUCAAAUUUUUGCAAAGAUUGAAAAUGUUGAGGGAUUGACCCAUUUUGAUGAGAUUCUACAAGAAGCUGACGGUAUUAUCCUUUCCCGUGGGAAUUUGGGCAUUGAUCUUCCACCAGAGAAGGUUUUUCUAUUUCAAAAAUCUGCUCUACACAAAUGUAAUAUGGCUGGGAAACCAGCUGUGCUUACACGUGUCGUGGACAGCAUGACUGACAACUUAAGACCAACUCGUGCCGAAGCCACUGAUGUUGCCAAUGCUGUUUUAGAUGGAAGUGAUGCAAUUCUUCUGGGUGCUGAGACUUUACGUGGGUUGUAUCCUGUUGAGACUAUUUCUACCGUUGGCAGAAUUUGUUCAGAGGCUGAGAAAGUUUUCAAUCAAGAUGUUUAUUUUAAAAGGACAGUCAAAUUUGUCGGAGAACCCAUGACCCACUUGGAAUCUAUUGCAUCCUCUGCGGUUCGAGCUGCUAUUAAGGUGAAGGCUUCUAUUAUAAUUUGCUUCACUUCAUCUGGAAGAGCUGCAAGAUUGAUUGCGAAGUAUAGGCCAACAAUGCCGGUUCUCUCUGUGGUGAUCCCCCGACUUAAGACCAAUCAGCUAAAGUGGAGCUUUAGUGGAGCAUUUGAGGCAAGGCAAUCACUUAUCGUAAGAGGUCUCUUUCCUAUGCUUGCUGAUCCUCGACAUCCUGCUGAGUCAACAAGUGCAUCAAAUGAAUCUAUUCUUAAGGUUGCCCUUGAUCAUGGAAAAGCAUUGGGAGUUAUAAAGUCACAUGAUCGAGUUGUUGUUUGUCAGAAACUUGGUGAUGCAUCUGUGGUUAAGAUUAUUGAGCUCGAAGAUUAAAGUGAAUUAAUCCAACAGUUUUAGUUCUAUAGUAUUCUUUUGGGGGGCUUAAUUAUUUCCGAAGUUUUUGAAAGCUGCAGAUGAUUCUGCAACGAGUCAAGGUUAUCUUGAUUUUGAUCGCAAAAUUAUGUUCCAUGUAUUGGAAAUGAAUUGUUACUGGCUAUCACAUAAAAUCAAGGGAAUGUGCCCUUGAUGCAAAAAAUUUCCAAUAUUUUUCGGUUUAAUAUUUACAUAAGAACACAACUUGAAAAUGUGUUUAUUGGAUACAAUUGCCAAACUAAUGAUGCUAAUAGCUUGUAUUUUCAAUUACUAAAUAAAUGUGCAUAACCCA